UAUUUCCUCACGAAAACAUAUUUUAGAAAUAUUCGAAGCUUUUCGUACCUUUGCUUUUGCUUUCGUAUCAGAGCAGUCAAUUCUUGAACCAAGUGUGUAACAAACUCAUAUUGACAAUUGAAAUUUCAUGAGCUUCAGUGGCUUGCCACUAUCGAUACUCUUGUUAAGAUAGAUGUGGACUCACUGGAGAAUCAAAUCUCAUGGGCCUAACAGAACUAAAAUGAAGGACAGUGGUUCUUCCUUCGGCUUUAAACAACAGGCGGUGCAGGUUGCUCUGUGGUCUACAUGGCUGGCUGGGUUUCUGCUGAUAGGGAUGUCUCUUUAUGCUACACAGUUGCUGCCUUCUUUGAAGGAGACAGAUCAAGGGAAAGGAAAAAACAUCGAUGUUGAGGGCAUCAGUGUCACAGUAUUCUCUGCAGUAGGGCCUUUUGUGGGCGAUGGGGGAGCACGCCAGGCAAUGGCAGUGCAGUCAUGGCUUGCUUUGGCUUCAGAUCUUCAAGUCAUUUUGUUUGGCCAACAUCCAUCUGUGCUGUCCUUUGUCAAAACACUCAAUCAUCCUCGUGUUGCAGUGGACUCUGCCAUUGAGUUUACAUUCUUAGGGACACCAAUGUUUCACAGCAUGGUGGCAAGAGCUCGUGCAUCUAAUUCUGACAUUGCUGUUCUAAUAGAGCCUGAGUUGGUUCUCCUUCCAGACUUUAUGGCUGCUCUUCAGUAUGCACAUGGCUUAGAGCAUGAUUGGCUUCUUGUUGCGAUGCCUCCAAAAAUUUCUUACUUUCCCUUCUAUAUGGAAAGACCAGGCAAAUGGGUUGAACAAGGGGGUCUUCCUGUUGAAUAUGAAAAGGUUCAGCAAUAUGUCAGACGCAAACGUAAGUGGGUCAAUUGUGGAGGUGGAAAAUUGUGGGCAUGGAAUACAGGAGAGCUGCCUUUGCAUGCAGGGGUCAUGCCUGCUUUCAUCUAUGGAAAAGGCUUUCACAAUGAAUGGCUGCUAAAUGAGGCUUUGUCAUCAGAUUUCAGAUUUGCAUUUGAUGCAAGUGAAGCAAUAUCAAUCUUCGACUCCAAAAUUGGCAUGGACAUCAAUGGGCAUUCUGUAGAAAAUGUAGAUAAUACAUAUAAAGUAGGAAGGUUGUGGGAAGUUGAAGGUAAUACACAUCUGGCAACACUGUAUGGUUCAUUUUAUUUCCGACCGGCUAAUUUUUCAAACAACCCUGUGAGACUUGUUGAAUGUGAUGGAAUUUAUAGCUUUAUAAUCCCUUCAGAUGAAACGAAAUCCAGGGAGGCUAUAAAUUUACAACUAUCUCCUCCUGAGACCAAUUCUGAGAAGGAAAGUUCAGAACACCAAAUAAAGAAUGGAAAGCUUAUGACAAGCUUUAGAAGGUUCUUCUUGGGUAAAAGACAGAGAAAACCUUCAAUAAGGUUAGGCCAGUCGUUACUUCAGGGAACUGGAAAUUCAGAUGUGUGGAAGGAUAAGAUCUUGGGGUCUAGAAUGAGGCGGCAAUUAGUUGACUGUAUCUAUAGGAGCAACUCAGAAAGAAGAAAACUGGACUGCCCAACAUCAAAGAUGAAUUCUGUUUUGCAUCCUGCAUUAACCUUAUCAUUACCUUUUUCCUUGGAUACACUUCUCCAGAAAGUCACUGAUAAUGAAAAAACUGUCAUUCUUGCAGUUGUAGGGAAUAACUACAGAGACAUGCUGAUGAGCUGGGUUUGCCGUUUAAAGAGACUUAAAAUCUCCAAUUUUCUCAUCUUUGCAAUUGAUCAUCAGAUAUAUCAAUUUUGUGUUCUCCAGGGGUUACCUGUGGUUAUGGAUGCUCAUGCAAUGAAUAUAAGCUUCAAUGACUGUCACUUCGGAAGUAAAUGCUUUCAAAGGGUAACCAAAGUAAAAUCACGAAUUGUUUUGCAAAUCCUACGAUUGGGUUACCAUGUAAUCUUUAGUGAUGUGGAUGUUUAUUGGUUCAAAAACCCGAUACCCUAUCUCAAGUCAUUUGGACCAGGGGUGCUUGCUGCUCAGAGUGAUGAAUAUAAUGAGACAGAGCCAUUAAAUUUACCUCGACGUCUGAACUCGGGUUUCUACUUUGCUCAUUCUGACAAUGCCACUAUUGUUGCUUUUGACAAGAUAGUAAAACAUGCUGCACUUUCAGAUAUGUCUGAACAACCAAGCUUCUAUGAUACACUCUGUGGAGAAGGGGGUGUACACAGAGUUGGUGAUAAUUUAUGUAUAGAACCAGAGACAAAUUUAACAGUUCAUUUCUUAGACAGAAACAAAUUCCCUAAUGGAGCUUUCCGUGGUCUGUGGGAAAAAGACAAUGUUGAUGGUACUUGCAAAACUCAAGGAUGUAUGAUCCUGCACAACAAUUGGAUAAGUGGGAGGAAGAGGAAGCUAGAGAGGCAAGUCUCAUCAGGCCUAUGGGAAUAUGAUGCCAGCUCUAGAAUGUGCUUGCAAAGCUGGCAAGGAACCAAGUCCAUGAGUUCUUAUUAGCCAGCUUAGAUUGCGGGAUAGGAAGUUCUGCACCCCACAUGAAAAUAAUUUUUUGAAGCUUCCCCUCAUUUCUUCUUCUGGACUUGAAUCCCAAGUUCUAUCAGCAUUCAGGACAGAUGUGAAAAUGGGAGAAAGUGCUCGAGUGAAGCAACCUGAUUGAGGAAGUUUUUGAGUGAAACCUUUGUAUGUAAACCUUCAUUCUACCUGAAGCAAAAUGAAGUCAAAUGGAUGUAAUGUGAGACAAGAAAAUAAAUUGUUAUGAAGCAUGAUUAUUCACAAUCUUCUUCACUAUAACUUGUUUCCGAUAAGAAUGAAAAUUCCUGCUUCAGAUCAUUUAUAAUAGCUGUGCAAGAGAUCCUCAACUACAUUCUUAGUAUCUCUAAUUCCAGUUUUCUUGUAUCACAAAUAUGUGUUUUGGCAUAAUAUAUGGAGACUGAUAUCCUGACCCUUGGUCUUUGUCCCAUGUAUUGGAAACACAUCCAUGUCUCAGAGACCUCUAUGGGGAUGCUUCCAAACAUUAAGAGACUUCAAAUGAAGUUUCCUUGUAUCUCUUUACAUCUCCUCGAAGUAUCACAUCUCUUGGAAAAGGGAAACCUCGUAUGGAGGUUUUUCAGAUGUAUCAUAUAAAUCUUACUGGGUUUUUCUAAGCUGCUGAUAUUUGAUUGACAAAAGCAAAACAAACUAGAGAAAUACACUUUUCUUAUCAAAUUCCAAAGAGGUACUGGUAUGAAGAGAAACAAUAAUAAUGCUUAAGCCGUGCUCAUGUAUUGAAGUCUUACCAGUCUCUGUUUGCCAUCUCUAAGAGAUUAUGGCUUAAAAUUUAAUUGUCUAUAAUACUAUAUGAUGAUGAUCAUCAAAUAUCAAUAUAAAUAUUGUUUGCUUUAA